UGUAGAUCACAGAUGCACUGUAAUAUCUGUGCAGUGUUAAAACUAGUUAUUUACCAUCAAGCAAGCACUGGAAAAAAAAUGGGCCAAGAAUAACCACAUACCUCAAGCUGCCACCUCCGUGAAAAAAUCUGUCUUCAUCACUUGGGCAAACGUGGGGAGUUGAGGGGUGUUGCCGCUCCCAUACAAAGUACAGAAUAGCUUGGGUUUAAGAAACAUACUUCAAGAUGUUUAGAGCCCCAUGCAGAAGUUCAAGUUCAUUUUCUCUAACGGACUUCAACAAGUGGAAAGCCAAAUCUUGUUUUACAGCCCAGGCCUCAGCAUGGUGUGGUAUGGCAUCUGUCUCUGGAACAGGGUUUCUGUCCAAAGUCAAAACAAGAAGCACUGGUGGGUUCAGACAGAAAGAUUCAUGUCAAAGGAGGUGGCAGUCAUUGUCCUAUCUGGCAUCUGAUGGUGCUACACAAUCCUUUCCUCCAUCUCCGGGGGCUGAAUUGCAAGCUACCUGGGGUGAAUGUAGCUGGCUGCAGAAUCCUCAUGAGCGUCUAGACACUCAGCUGGAUUGGAUGAGGACCAGAGAUGUACAACUAGGCCACAGCCUAACUACUGCACAGCUGCUUGAUAUGAGGGAUAAGGAGAACCUGAAGGCUGACACAGAGAUGUGUAAACUGAUAGAGGCUCUGAGAGCGGCUGAGACAAGAGCAAAAACACAAGAGGAAGAGCGACAACAGGCACUCCAACAACUCCAGACUUCAUCAGAGACACAGAACAAGUUGUUGAAUCAUAUAGAAGAGCUGAACCAGAGACUCAGUCACACUGCACAGAAUCACUCUGAAGUGCAAGAACAGCUGAGUGAAGCUAACAACAAGAUUAGCCAAGCAUGUCUGGAGAAAGCCAUCUUGUCAACUCAGGUGCUAAAGCUGGAGGGUAAUAUAAAAGAACUGAAGGCCAAACUAGCAGAGGCUUUGUGUGACAAAGAUGGCCUGAACCAGGAGAAAACAGGUCUGCGCUGGAGGGCCCAGAUUCCAGAAUUGCACCUGGAGAGGACCCAGCCAGGUUCACUGGUCUGUGAGCAUCAUGAUCAUCUGCUUAAUGCAGAGUCUCACAGCAACAAACAGGACCAGGAAACUGCAGUGAUGAAGGAAGAAUCAAAGGCUCUCAAAGAGAUUAUUCCCAUUGUGUCUUUACACCAGGUAAAUGAAAAGAUGACACAGCUUGAAAUGAUGAAGCAGAGGCUGGAAGUAUUACAGUCUCAGAUACAGGAGAUAACAGCAGAGAGGAUCAUCAGCUCCAAACCGAUCACAGAUCUGGAGACAAAACACUCUCAGAUGAUCAGAGAAAAAGAGGGACCGCUUAACAAAAUGAUUGAAAAUAGACAUGUGAUGAAGGAGAAGUGCUGUCAGCUCAGGGAUUGUAUGGAAGUUUUGCAGUUAGACAAACAGAAAGUACAGGAUCAGUGUUUGUGUUUGGAGGCUAAGGUUCUUGAGAAAGAGGAGAAGCUACACCUUCAGGUGGAAGAGUAUCAAAAACAAGACAAAAUUAGAGUCCAAAACAUUGAGGAACUAAAAGUUGUGGCCUCUCAUUUGACUGAGAAAUGGCAAAAGGUGGCUCUGAACCUGCAGUCCACACAAGAUGAGUUAGAGGAACUCAGGAAGAACAACUCCAUAAAUGAACUCCAAUUGGAAGUUGAACAUCUGGCAGCUGAAAUUAAAAAGCUUAAGAAAAUGGGCCAAAAAGACAAAGAACAAAUUGAUUAUCUGCUUCAACACAAAGCCAGUAUAGAGAAGCUGCUGAUGGAAAACAAGAAAGAGUCUGAAUCACUGCUGAGGGCUGAGCUUGAUGCAUGCCAACAAGAGCUGAAGUGGGAAAGAAGCAGAAGUCAAGCACUGCUUCACAGAUAUAAAGAUAAAGGCAGUGAAGCUGUGAGGAUUCAGGACAAAGAGACAGAAACAGACUUAUCUGAAUCCUCUUUGUUAUGGGAGCCAUCAUCAGACUGCCGCAGCAGCCAAAACAAAUCUACUCAGGUGUGUAUGGAAAGCAGUGAGGUUCAAAGGCUGAAGCACAAACUUGCAGAAAAAGAGAAAGAACUGAUGCAAAAGGAAGAAGCUAUGAUGAUUCUGAGAGAGAUGGAAAAAACUGAGGCUCAAAUUAGGAUUUCUGCUCCGGAGCUCAAGAUGUCUGCUAUGUGUGCAGGAGCCAGCGAACUGAAGGUUGAAAAUGAGAAUCAGCUCCAAGUCAUAAGGUUCAAGCAGCCAAUUCAGGACCUUCACACAACUACAGAAAAACUAUCAAAGUCUUCUAAUGUUGAAGGGCCAAACCCAUCUCACUGUUCAGAGGAGUUUAACCUGCAGCAGACACCUUGUUACCUCUUUCCUGAUGGAAUAUUCCUGGCUGAGCUUGUAGAUAUCUGCAGUCCUGAUGAAGAUGAAGAGGAGGGAGGAAACAAAUGAGGUGCAUUUUGAAGACUCAUUGUUUCUUGUUACAUAGAUGGGUUAUGAUAAUACACUAGCUAAACAUCAGCUGUGCAUGCUCCAUGUGAAAUCUUAUUCCCCACUGAGUUCAUGCAGUAGGUUACACGUGGUUCACUGGUCACAGCACAGAAGUGUCAGAGCUCUUUAGUUGUUCUGGUUGGACAGUGUGCUAGCGUGCCUGCUCUACCUGCAAGGCUGCACAUUUCCCGCCAGUGAGCUCGCCCUGCAUCUGCAGCUUCAGUUCCAAUGAGGACUCGACCAAGAACUUUGCCCUCAGAAAGGAUCUGGUUCUGUUGCACACAAAAGCAGAAUGAAAGUUGAUUUGUGCUUUUUUUCACAGGGUAGUUAAAAUAUAAAUAAUCUGUUUACUUAGCACAGGAUCAUGACAUGCAUUUUCUUCUGUGACUGUGAGCUCCCAAAGUAAUCUUUAUGAUUAUGAGCUUGAGCGCGAGGGGCAGCUGAUUGAUGUUUCCUGUAGGCGGGUCAAACAACAAAGAGGUAUUCCACAUGGUACAGGACUCUCCUCUAACUUCUUUGCUGAUGAUCACAGCUCCCCUCAUGAUUCAGGUUGAUCACCACCUGGUAAUCUGUACACAGGUACACAAACGUUAAUCAUGAAAACUAAGAUAAAAGUGGAAACUGGAAAGAAAUCAUUUUCUCUGUAUUUAUAAAUGUAAAAUUAGAAACAGUAAAAAUCAAGACAACACUAUAUUUACAUAUGACACACGUAACCUUAAAUAAUACUUACAUGUGCUUACAUACAACAAAGCCAAAAAUGUUCCUGUUAAUCCCUUCAACAACAUUUAUCAAAAGGUGGAAACUGAAAAAUCACACACGCAUGUUUACAUACACUCUUCAUUUUGAAAAACUGAAUUAAAUUUCAGAAAUAUUCAACAUAUUUCUACUGUGCCUACACAAGCUGUUUUCCUGUACAUACAGUAUUAGUGUAGGUGUGGUCGAAUACAAAGUCAGGCUUGAAAACAUAAAGUAAAUAAUUAUUUCUCUGUUUCUAUAUAUUGCAUUUAAAUCCUGUUUAUUCAAUGUUGUCCAAAUAUCUAUGAUAAAUAUUUUCAGACUAUAAUACAAGAUUGUCUUAUGUGACAUAUUGUAUGUAAAGCAGA